AUGUCUGCAUUAUGGGAUGAGUGGGGUGUAAGACAUCCGGUGACAAUCUUACAGCUGGAACAAGUUCAAGUGGUACAAAUUAAAGAAAAUCAAAAAAAUAUUAAACCACCUUUAGUAGCAGUCCAAGUUGGUUGUUCUGAAGGAAAGAAUCGAUUUAAGAAACCAUUAUUAGGUCAUUUCGAUAGUGCGGGAGUUAACCCAAAAGCAAAAUUAUUAGAAUUUCAUAUUACUCCUGAUGCUGUUGUACCCGUUGGAACAGAGAUAAGGGCAGCUCAUUUUGUACCAGGACAAUACGUGGAUGUAACAGCUCCAUCAAUUGGUAAAGGUUUUGCGGGUGUAAUGAAAAGAUGGAAUUUUAAAGGAUUGCCAGCUUCACAUGGUACUUCGUUAGCUCAUCGUUCUGCUGGUUCAACUGGUCAAAAUCAGGAUCCAGGAAGGGUUUUUAAAGGCAAAAAGAUGGCUGGUAGACUUGGAGGUCAAAGUGCGACAGUUUUAAAUUUGAAAGUUCUUAAGAUUGAUAAUGUUUUGAAUCUCAUUUAUAUCAAAGGUUCUGUUCCUGGCUUUGAUAAUCAAUUCGUAAGAAUAAGAGAUGCCAUAAAGAAACAUGGAAAAAAAUGUUUUCCGUCGGAUUGUAUUCCACCACCUUUUCCUACUAUAAUUCCCGAAAUUGUACAAACCAUGCCAAGAGAAUUAAUGGCUAAAACUGGUGGGGUUGACCCCUUCAUACCCAGGGAAGUUUAA